AAAAGUGGCAAGCGUUCAUUUUUGCAUUCCAAUCUCCAACAGCUGUCUUUCUUUUCCAUCCGUCUCUAACUCUUCAAAUUGUUGACUUUUUUUUGAGUAUUGGGCCUUUAUACUUUCAUAGCACAACACAUCAAAUAACAAACCAUGGCCACCACUGACGUCUCCACUUACAGGUACAACCACACGAUGUACCGCAUCAAGGAUGCCAAAGCCUCGCUCAAAUUCUACACCGAGGCUUUGGGCAUGAAGCUUGUUGACGAGUACCACAAUGCCGAAGCCAAGUUCUCGCUGUACUUCCUCGGCUACGAGGACCCGGCCUCCGCGGGACUGGUCAGGCUCGGCCGCCAGGGUCUUUUGGAGCUGACUCAUAACCACGGCACCGAGGACGACGAGAGCUUUGCGUACAGCACUGGAAACGGCGAUGUCGGCGGCUACGGCCACAUUGCGAUCACUGUUGAUGAUUUGCAGGGUGCUUGCAAGCGCUUUGAUGAUUUGGGCGUCAAGUUUGUCAAGAGGCCUGAGGAAGGCCGCAUGAAGCAUAUUGCGUUUGUUGCAGAUCCCGAUGGCUACCGUGUCGAGAUUCUGGAGAACCCGAUGCUCAAGUAAAUCAAGCAAUUGGUAUUUAUAUGUAUUUUUAUACCUAAUACAAGAUUGUUUAUUUUUGUUUUGUGUGUGUGUGUCGUACGAGACGGUGAUAAUAUUAUUCGGUGGGUAGUUUUUUUAGAGGAUACUGUCCAAUUGUGUUCAACUGGUCGACUGGCUUGGCUUGGCUUUGCUUGGAUUAGAUUAGCUUGGCUUGGCUUGGGUUGAGCCUUUGUAUAGCUGCUGCUGCACAGCUGCAGACAUUGCAGAAAGGACGGGCGGAUUUUUUUUUGUGGUCACGAUUUUCUUUUUUGGAAAAUUCCUUUUUAAAAUUGAGAUAAACACAGUAUUUUUGGGUACAACACAACAGCCAUUAUCAACAUAUAAAACGGUGUUUUCUCUCCCUUCCCA